UAAUGCAAAUUUACCCAAAAAAAUUUGAGCAUGCGGCGGCGGAAUCCGAAAUUACGAACAAUGGUCAUCUUCUUUCCUUAACCCUGAAAGAAGAAAGAAGAAAAAAAGAAAGAGGAGAAAAACAAUGGCUUUGCCAGCCUUAAACCCUCCAAAAACCCUAAAUAAAAAGAUUCAAUCUUUGAACUCACCAUUUUUUUCCUUCUCAAAAACAGCAUCAUCACCAAAGAUAACCAAAUUCAAGAAAUACCCAUUAAUUACUAUGUCAAGUCAGCAGAAAAAUCCACUACCCCAUGUAGCCUUAACCAACAAUGACCACAAGGAAGAACUCAUGAGUGCUAUCAAAAGUUCAAUAUCUAAUUGCUUAUCUGAAACCCAUCUUGAUUUAACUGUACCUCAACUCAAGUCCAAAAUCAGAGGCAAGGUUAGAGAUAUAUAUGAUGGAGGGGAUUAUCUUGUAAUGGUGACAACAGAUAGGCAAAGUGCGUUUGACAGAAUUCUUGCUUCCAUCCCCUUCAAAGGCCAGGUGCUUAAUGAAACAAGUUUAUGGUGGUUUAAUAAGACUCAACAUAUUACUCCUAAUGCAGUGGUAUCUGUACCUGACAAAAACGUAACUAUUGCGAGGAAAUGUUUGGUUUUCCCUGUUGAAUUUGUAGUACGAGGAUAUGUUACUGGAAGCACUGAUACAUCACUCUGGACAGUCUACAAUAAAGGGGUUCGCAAUUAUUGCGGCAACAACCUUCCUGAUGGUCUGGUGAAAAAUCAAAAGCUUACCGAAAAUAUACUUACUCCGACAACUAAAGCAGCAGAUCAUGAUGUUCCUGUAACACCAGAUGAGAUAGUUCAACGCGGUCUUAUGACUCAAGCUGAUUAUGAUGAAGUCAGUAGGAGGGCAAUGAGCUUAUUUGAGUUUGGCCAGCGUGUAGCAUUGGAUCAUGGGCUGAUAUUAGUGGACACCAAAUAUGAAUUUGGAAAGGGACCCGAUGGUCAAAUCUAUCUGAUUGAUGAGGUGCAUACACCUGACUCAAGUAGAUAUUGGAUUGCACAUUCUUACCAGGAGCGCUUUCAGAAUGGUCUUGAGCCUGAAAAUAUCGACAAGGAAUUCUUGAGGUUGUGGUUCAAAAGUCAUUGCAACCCAUAUGAGGAUGAGGUCUUGCCUGAUGCUCCAGAAGAACUUGUUUCUGAAUUAGCUUGGCGAUAUAUUUUUCUAUUCGAGACAAUAACAAAUUCAAGAUUCGAGAUGCCUGGAACAAAGGAGCCAGUCCAUGAUCGAAUCUCGAGAAAUGUUUCACAGGCUUUAUCAUCAUUGCAGUAAUAACAUCAAACAGGAGAGCAUCUUGCAUAAGUUUUAUGAGGUGGAAUAAGUAGUUUCUGCAGUAAUCUCUGAAGAAUUGUAUUUUAAGGUUGUCGUCGAGGAAGUUCGUCAAUGUUGUAAUGCUAUGUGAUACUCAUAUAACAACAAUUAUGCAUCAACCCCAAGUAAGUUGGGGAACCAUAAACUGUAAAGUGACUAGUUUUGUCUAAAACUUAAAAGAGUUCUGAUUUUUAAUCAUCCUGGUUUAAGUUAAGAAUAGUUGGCAGAUAAAAGUAUUUA